GUUGCACUAGUUGCAGUUGAAAAGUUGACUGACUACCGACUUUGACUAGUCUCGUCUCAGUCCGAUAGACACACACACUCAGCCAUGGUCGUCACUUGGGGGCUGGGAUUGGUGUUAUUGUUGUCACCGGUUUAUGGGAAAUACGUUCACAUCGAGACGGGGAAAUGUGGCUACCCAUCAUGCCCUGUGCCUAAGGAGGGAUUCAUAAACGUACAUCUGAUACCACACACCCAUGAUGACGUGGGUUGGCUAAAAACUCUUGACCAGUACUAUUACGGGAGUAAGUCCAAAAUUCAGCUUGCAGGGGUUCAGUACAUAUUGGACAGUGUUGUUCAACAAUUGAAACAUGAUCCUAACAAAAGGUUCAUCUAUGUAGAGACAGCCUUCUUCUGGAAGUGGUGGCAGCAGCAAGCAGACCACGAGCGUCACAUUGUAAAGCGUCUGGUUGCUAACGGACAACUUGAGUUCAUUGGAGGUGCUUGGUCCAUGCACGAUGAGGCCACCACUCACUAUCAGUCCAUCAUUGACCAGUUUACUUGGGGCUUCAGGAAGUUGAAUGAUACUUUUGGGGAAUGCGGAGUUCCCAAGGUAGGAUGGCAAAUCGACCCAUUCGGACAUUCUCGAGAGACGGCUUCUAUCAUGGCACGUCUGGGCUUUGAUGGUUUGUUUGUAGGCAGGAUCGACUACAUGGAUAAAGCCACAAGACUAAUACACAAAGAUAUGGAAAUGAUCUGGGAAGCAAGUCCGAACCUUGGCAAAGAAGCAGAUUUGUUUACUGGUGUUUUGUUCAAUACCUACUCAGCACCUAAAGGAUUUUGUUUUGAUAUUUUAUGUGAGGAUGAACCAGUAAUUGAUGAUAAAAAGAGCCCAGACUACAAUGCUGACAAACGGGCAGCAGAGUUUGAAAGGAACAUACUUCAACAGCUGAAUUUUUAUAAAUCAAAGAACAACAUAGCCAUCACAAUGGGAGGAGAUUUUACUUAUCAGGAUGCACAUUACCACCUUGUUAACAUUGAUAGGCUUAUCAGAGCUGUGAACUCCCAACAAGUAACCAAUGGAAGUAAUAUCAAUCUCAUGUACUCGACACCGUCUUGCUACCUUAAAGCUCUCAAUGAUGAGAAGCUGCAGUGGUCAACCAAGCAGGAUGACUUCUUCCCUUACGCCAGCGACCCUCACUCCUUCUGGACAGGCUACUUCACUUCACGACCAACCCUCAAGUACUACGAGCGAAUCGGAAACAAUUUCCUUCAAGUUUGCAAGCAGCUGUACACCCUUAGUAACCUUGGGCCAGAAGUUAGGGGAGAUCUGAAUGUGCUGCGAGAAGCGAUGGGUGUGAUGCAGCAUCACGACGCAGUUAGUGGCACUGAAAAACAACAUGUUGCCUCGGACUAUGCCAGGCUGCUGAGCAAGGGCUUGGACGAGUGUGGCAUCAUCACUGAGAGUGCCUUCAACAAGUUGAUGGCCAAGACAGCAUCCACUCCCCCGGUGGUACUUAACAGUUGUAUGCUGUUCAACAUCAGUCAGUGUGAGACUUCAGAGUCACACAAUACGUUUGUCGUGACCCUGUACAACCCCUUGAGUCGCAACGUGUCCCGCUACAUCCGACUGCCAGUGUCUGGAGAUGGCCAUGCAUACACCGUUCAAGAUCCUCAAGGCCAAAGUAUACCGGUUCAGAUAGUGCCAGUGCCAGAACCAGUGGUCAACGUGCCAGGCAGGUUCAGUGAUGCCAGCGUAGAGCUUGUGUUCAGAGUUGUGGAUCUUCCUCCUCUGGGCUUCCGAUCAUAUUACGUCUCACCCAGCAACACUCUGGUCUCGCCCAACAUUAUACCAGAGAGGACCAAUGGCAGACAGUUUACUGUAGGGCACAAGGGCUCAUUGAGAGUCACCAUUGACAGCAAGACUGGACUGCCAACCACCAUUCAUGGCCCAGGGUUUUUAGACAGUCCUGACUUCCAACAGAACUUCUACUACUAUGAGAGUGCAGUUGGCAACAAUGAAGUACCAGCAAACAGGUCCUCUGGAGCAUACAUUUUCCGUCCAAACAGCACACUAAUAAUGAUAAACUCUCAACCUACUAUAAAAUAUUACAAAGGGGAGAUCGUAGAAGAAUUGCAUCAGCAGUUCUCUAGCUGGGUCAGCCAGGUGAUCCGAGCAUACAAGGGAGAGAACCACUUGGAGUUCAUCUGGAUGGUGGGACCUAUCCCUACGAGUGACAAACGUGGCAAGGAGGUUGUGACCAAGUACAGUGUGUACGGGAUGGACACCAACUCCACCUUCUACACAGACUCCAAUGGCCGAGAGAUGCUGCGGAGGGUGAUGGACGAGAGACCGACAUACACAGUAAAGCUGGAGGAGCCUUUAGCCGGCAACUACUACCCAGUCAACACUAGGAUCAGUGUGCAAGACCCUCUUACGAGGUUCUCCAUCAUCACAGACCGCUCCCAGGGUGGCACCAGCAUGCACAAUGGCGAUAUUGAGCUCAUGUUGCACCGAAGGAUGCUUCAUGAUGAUGCAUUUGGUGUGGGUGAGGCGUUGAACGAAGAGGCGUUUGGCCGAGGAUUGGUGGCACGAGGGACUCAUUUGGUGAUCGGAGGUCCUUCACAGUCACAGACAGUGGAGGAGAGAAGACUUGUCCAGGAGAGAGUACUGGCCGCUUGGACCUUCCUUACGCCCACACGUCUUACCUUUGACCAGUGGAGAACCAACUACAACAUGGAAUUCUCAGGUCUGCAGAAAGCUUUACCAGACAAUGUUCAAAUUCUUACCCUGGAGCCAUGGAAAGGCACAACAUUCCUGCUGCGUCUGGAACACGUUCUGGAGAAAGACGAUGACAAGAGUGCAGCUGACCCUGUGAUUGUCAACUUGCAGGAAAUUUUCAAGCCAUUCUCAAUUAAAUCCAUACGAGAAACAUCAUUGGGGGCUAACCAGUGGUUGAAUGAAGUUUCUCGUCUUGUUUGGAAGAAAAAGGAAAACAGAGUCGACAAUUAUGAGACAUUGAGUAGAACAGAGACUCAAGACUUGCCUAAUGUUACUUUGACACCGAUGUCAAUUAAAACCUUCAUUAUUGAUGUAUCAUUCCAAAAUCAAUGAUUCUUAUUAAACUAUAGCAAACACAUUUUUUGUUUAAUACAACUGUUUUAUUUUGUUAUAA